GCACCGGAAACGAUAACCAGACCCCCGGAAGUGCACAGCUUACGAGCAGCUAGCUAGCAGUGUACUGUUGUUAGCUUCCAGUACAUUUAUUCCAAAGUCUCACACUCUGCGUAAGGUUUGUAGCAAAAGCAACAAUGUCUGAAAGAAAAGUAUUAAACAAAUACUACCCCCCGGAUUUCGAUCCAUCCAAAAUCCCGAAACUCAAACUCCCCAAAGACCGUCAGUAUGUGGUCAGAUUGAUGGCGCCCUUCAACAUGAGGUGUAAAACGUGUGGCGAGUACAUCUACAAGGGGAAGAAGUUCAAUGCCCGCAAAGAGACUGUUCAGAAUGAGCUCUACAUGGGACUGCCCAUCUUCCGUUUCUACAUCAAAUGUACCCGAUGUCUUGCUGAGAUUACAUUCAAGACUGACCCAGAGAACACAGACUACGCGAUGGAGCAUGGUGCAACAAGAAACUUCCAGGCUGAGAAACUGAUCGAGGAGGAGGAGAAGAGAAUCCAACUGGAGAGGGAAGAAGAGGAACUGAACAACCCCAUGAAGGUGUUGGAGAACCGCACAAAAGACUCCAAGAUGGAGAUGGAAGUUUUGGAGAACUUGCAGGAGCUGAAGGAGCUGAACCAGAGGCAGGCUCAGGUGGACUUUGAGGGAAUGAUCGGGCGAUACAGAGAGCUUGAGAAGAAAGAGAAGGAAAGAGAGAAAGAAGAGGAUGAGCAAGAGACAAAAGAGAUGUUGGAUCGUGCCCUUGUGAAAAGACUCAGAGACUCAGACUCUGACUCAGAGGAAGAGGAGGAAGAUAGGAGCAGCUCGCAGUCAAAGACGGCCUUUACUGAUAAACCAACAGACGUCCUCACUACUGACAAACCCACAGAGGCACAGGGUACUUCAUCUGGAGGAGUGAAGAGGGCCAAGGUGGAGAGCUGGGAGAGGAGUGUGGGGACACUUGGCAGAGGAGGGGCACUGGGCUCCCUGGUUGUGCGUAAAAAGACAACAUCUGCAGCAGCAGCAGUCAGUAAACCCAGUCCAGUGACAGCUGCCUCGGCACUAACAGAUUCAAAGGCGUCUUGCUCUGAGUCGAACAAUGCCUCCAAGCCUGUCAACAUUCAAAAUGGCUCGUCAUCUCUCAGCCUACUGGGGGCGUAUUCAGACAGUGACAGCAAUGACAGCGAAUGAAAAGAAGAUGAUUAGGACAGAUUUUGUUUUUUGUAGCUGACACACAAUUAUAUAAAAUAUACAUAGAAGAAUAUGACAUUGACCUUUUUGGUAAUUCUGAACAGAAAUGCAAAUCAUAAAAAAUGUAUCCACCUUUCCUUUGAAGUAUUUCUAUAAAGUGCUCAUAAGUCAGUGUGAUAAUGUGCGGUCAUUUGCAGGAAUUCUAUUGUCUGUGGUUAAAACCCAGUGAAACAAAUGUUCCCAGGUCUUUAAUGUGUUUAUUAAAAUUAUUUUAACUUUAAUAUCUUGCUACAUCUCUCAUAAUAUCUGUUAGAUUUUUACACUGAGUUCAUUGUGCUGAUUUAUUGUUAUUCUACAUAUCUUGGGCUGUUGACUUUAAUGUGACCUCAGAAGUUUUAUGGUCAAAAUAAAUGUCAUGUGCUGUACAAUACAUCAAUUUCUGUUAGAUGGUACGGGUGUUUAAAUAAUACUUAUAUCUA